CGUUGUUGGCAUCGACCCUGGCAUCGACCCUUUCUCCCUGACCUGAGCCUCUGGAUGCUCGGCCCGACCUCUUUCCUCACCAAGGGCAAACCCGGCCAGGGCGCCAGUGGGCUUGGCCUCGGGCCGACGGACACGCUCACGGGCGGCAGGAAGACAGCCGCGCUCGCCGGCGACGCCAACGAGGCAUCAUCCGCCCGCGGCAGGAAGGGUGCAGGAGAGGAUGGCCGACGCAAGGCCAAGAAGAACCCAGACCAGGCGCGAAGAGCCGCGACGACCACUGGCUCCGGCCUCUCCAAGUCGGCGCCGCUGCGCGGAGGAGGUGGAGGGCCGUCGGCAACCGCCACGCUGGGGCACUCGCUCGCGCCCGGUGGCAAGGGCACGAUGGCUGACGAGCUCGACAUGUCGGACCUGAACUCCAGCAUCGAGAUCGAUGCCGGCCACGCUGAUCGCUCACUCGACGCGUCUGACUCGUUCGAGCUGGAGGAGCUCGGCCGCGGCUCGGCCGCCCCUGCCUCCUCCUCUUCGAGGGCGGCCUCCAAGGCACGUGCACCGGCGCCGGCCGCCACGGCGCGCGCGCCGCCCGAGAAGGAGGAGCUCGAGUACUCGAUGUCCUUCGAGGCCGACGCCCUCCCGCCGACUGCGCCGCAAGAGCCGACGGCGCUCACGCCGGCGCUGCCCGUCCCUGUCGCGCAGCCGGUCGCUACUCCGCCGGCCGCUACUCCGCCGGCCGCUCCGCCGGCCGCUCCGCCGGGGCCGGUCGCAGCCCCGUCGCGCGUCAACCUCUCCAACAUCAAGCCGCUCGUGGCGAGGGCGGCCCCGCCGCCGCCCUCCCACCCAACCGCCGCCUCCGCGCCGCCCACCCCGCCAGCGGCGAUAGUGGCGGGCGGCGGCGUGGGCGGCGGGUGGGCGGCGGUGGUGCCGCCGCCGGCCGACGCGACGCGUUUCGAGGCGGCGCUGUCGGCCGCGGAGGACGCGCGGCGGCAGGCGGAGGCGAGCGAGCGACAGAGCAGGGCGCAGGUGCGCGAGGCGAGGGCCGAGGCGGCGGACGCGCGCGAGGCGCUCGACCGACUCCGCUCGCUGACGCGCGAGGGCCCGUCCGGCGGCGCGCACGUGGCGCACGAGAUCGAGGUGCAGCAGCUGCACGCGCGCCUCGCUGGCGCGCUGAGCGAAGCGGAGCUCACCCGCCAAAAGGCGGAGCAGGAGGUGUCGGCGGCCAAGGUGGAGGCGCAGCUCAGGGUGUCGCGCGCAGACUCGUCGCUCAAGAUAGCGGAGGAGAAGCUUGCCCAGCUCGCCGCGCAGCACGGCGAGCGCUCGCUCCACCUCGAGCAGUCUCGCAGGCUGAGUGAGCAGGCGGACGCACCACUGAGGAGGCGGUGCCGAGAUCCGGCGGCGGCCUCAAAGGAGGCGGCGGCCGAGGCGCAGGUGCGGCGGCUGCGCGAGGAGCUCGCCAGCAGCGAGCGGGCACACGCUGCCAAGGCGGCGGCAGCUGAGGAGCGGCACGCGCAGGCGAUGGCCGCGCUCAAGCGGCUGCACGAGCAGGCGGUGCAAGGCGUGCUCGCCGCGCUGGGCAGGGUGCAGCAGGAGGUUGCCGCGUCGGUCGACGGGCGCAACGCCGAGCUCGCCGCGUGGCAGGACCGGCGCAGCGUCGCGCUGUCGCAGCAGGAGGAGGCGGCGCGGCUGCGCGACCAGUCGGCGGCCGCGGAGCGGACACGAGUCGAGGCGCUCACGGCGGAGCUGCACGCGUCGGAGCUCUCCGCCGGCCGCUACUCGCUCGACGAGGCGCGCGAGCGGUGCGCGGCCGAGGCGGCGCAGGCGAGCGCCGGCGUCGAGGGACAGCGGCAGCAGCUGCGCGCGGCGCAAGAGUCGCUGAUCCGCGAGCGGGAGCGGCUUUCUCGCGAGCGGGCGGCGGAGGUGGCGGCGCACGGCGAGGCGGAGGUUGCGCUGCAGCGCGAGCGGGCGGAGGUGGCCGCCGAGCGGGCCGAGGCGGACGAGGCGAGGACCCGCGCGCGCGCCGAGCUGGCGGAGGCGCAGGCGGGGCGCGCGGCGCUGGAGCGCGAGAAGGCGGCCUUUGGCGAGCAGGUCGAGGCGCUGCGGCAGCUCUCGCUGCGCGUCAACGAGGAGUCGGCUGCGGUGGGGGAGGCGGUGCAGCGGUCGGCGGCGGAGCUGGCCGAGGCGAGGGAGAUGGCGGCGCGCGAGGCGGCCGAGGCGGCGAGCCGCGACGUGGCCGAGACGCGGCGCGUCUUCGAGGCGGAGCGGCUCGAGGCGGCGAGGGAGCGGAGGGAGAUGGCGCAGCGGCGCACCGAGCUCGACCGCGCCUCCGAGGCGAUGCGCGCGAUGAAGCUGCAGCUCACCCGCCACGCCGCAUCGUACCCCGCGGGUGCAGAGGCGGGGCUGGCGGCGGGGCUGGCUGGCGUCAGCCUGGCGAGCGCGGCGAGCGCGGCACACAUCGGGACGCAGCAGCUCUUCGCCUCGCACGCGCCCGUGCUCGAGUCGCGCCGCUACGUCUGCCCCGCGCCGCAGCUGCGUCCCCAGUACCUCCCCGCGCCGCAGCCGGGAGGCGCACCCCCUCCUCCGCCGGUGGCCUGCCCUCCGGCGACACCCGCGCCAGCCACGGCCCCCGCCGCCGCGCCGCCCGGCGAAGCCGCGCCGCCUCCGCCCGCCCCUCCGCCCGCGCCGCCCACCCGCCCGCCCGCCGGGGGCGACGCGUCGCUGCUCGACACGUGGCAGCGCGCCUGCGAGGCGACGGCGCGCGAGACGAGGGCGCGUCACGACGACAUCCUCGCCAAGCUGCGCGCGCCGCCGCCCGCGCCGCCGCCCGCCGCCGCCACCGACAAGGAGAACAAACGGCUCGGCGUGAAUCGCGCGCCGCCGCCGUCCACCUCUGCGGCGGCGCGCCACUCGGCAGGCAGCGCGAGGCCCUCGUACGGCUUCCCCGGCCUGGCGCCGAUCGAGACGCCCUUUCCGUCGGGCGCGACGACGCCGAUCCCGCGGCGAGCCGCGCGCGACGUGUGGGGUCGCGCCAGCACGGCUGGCGGCGGCUCCUCGCGCUCCUCGUCGAUGGUGUCGCUCCACAAGACGCAGCUCUCGAGCUGGGGCUCGGAGGCGUCGCUGCCCGUCAAGGCCGCCGCGCCCGCCGCCGCGCCCGCCGCCGCGCCCGCCGCCGCAUUGGCCGCUUCGACGUCUGCACCCGACACGCCCACCUCGCCAGCGGCUGCUGCGCCCGCCGCGGUGCUCCCUGCUGCCGUGGCGGAGGAGCAGGAGGGGAGCUCGGACGGCGAGGGGGUGUAGGCAGUCCGGGUCUGCCGUGCAAGGGCUAAAAGGUAA